AUGCGUCCUUCUCAAAUCUUUCGAUCCGGUGGUAGCGCAGAGGUUGGAAAGUACGGAAAAUAUCUCGGUGGAGAAUGGGGUGCCUUGGGCUCCCAGACACAAAAGGGCGUCGUCUCAUACGGCCUGAGCGCAAACAGACAACGUCCUCUUGCUGGCACACUUAACGCUGCUAUCUUCAACACCUGGAGACGCUUCCGCCACCAAGUUCUUUACUUUGCUCCUCCACUUAUCAUCGCCUAUGUCACCAUGGAAUGGGCAAUUGAGAGAAAUGAGUACUUGAACUCCAAGGCGGGACGCCUUGAAUUCGGUGAGGAGGAAUAG